AUGAUAUGUCAUCCGCGUAAAGAAAAAUCAAGAAGAAACAGCACCUUACCGCCACCGUGUUGUCAUGGCCCUAAACCACCGCCAUAUGUUUGCCCGAAAUAUGGUUGCCCCCCUCCUCAAGAAUAUCCACCCCUAAUUUGUUGUCCUCCUCCUGUAUGUCCGCCAUUGGUGUGCAGACCACGACCGGAAGUACCGCCUCGACCACCAACCGUGUGCGUCGCUGGACCGUGUCCAUCACCUCCUGGACCGGUUCCUCAUCAAUGUCCGCCACCCCCAAAAAUAAAAACAGCUUCCUGCGUGCGAUACUGCAUUCGUUGUGUUUGUGGAGAAUCCACCUACUCUCCUUGCUACUUUUCCGAUAUACCAAAAUGUCCUCGUGCAGAUUGUUGCUGA